CAGUUCUGAUUGCAGAUAAACUACAUCAAGAUGAAGGUCAUCAUUUUCCCUAUCGUAGGAAUAAUUUUAUUUGAGAGAAUUGACGGAUUGAAAAGAAAUGAGAGAGAUAAACCAUCUGCAAAAUAUCCUUCUGAUGGAAGAAAUGAAAAGUGCUCUGUUUCACCUUCGCCAUUGGAAAAAUUUCUUGAUAUUGUAAGACGAACAAUAGCUAAAUCAGAUUGUAACACCUGCCAGGCGAUGAAUGAUCUGACUGAAAUUUGUCCGGUCAUCUCCAAUUCAACGUGCUUCUUCGCUUGCAUUCUACACGAUUUAAGUCAAAAUAAAUUUAUUAGAUUUAACUUGUACACUUCUAACUUAAUAGGAAAUAUUGCAAAUACUUUAAAAGAUAUCGGAAUUGAGUUAAAGGAGUGUAAGAAUUUUCAGCAUAUCGUAAAUGUUAUAAUGAACAACUUCUUCAAACUUGUUGUGAAAAUUUCUGAAGCUCGUAUUAAUCCUAAAAUUGCACCUGAAAAAUAAAAUAUAAAAUGCUUCACGUUUUUAUUGCAUUAUGAUAACAAAUGCAGAAAAAAAUAUGUUUAAAAAUAAUAAUUAAAAAUUAAAAAAUGAAUAAAGUUGUUAGACAGAGUGAAAUUUAAUCUGAUUAUUCACGUUUAUAUGAUCAUUUCGAUAUCGAAUUCGAACAGUAUAAAAGUAACAAUACUCGAAGAAUAUAUUUUAAAAAGUUUAAACAUUUAAAAAUUUUUAUUUAAUUAGCAUAUUUAAUAUUAAACAAUUUCUAUUUUUUCUAUAAAACCAGAGCUUAGUCGAUAAAAUCACUGAUAAUCGCGGGUUCGUUCCUCAGUAAUAAAAACUAACUGGGUGGCACCAUUUUCUAUUACCAAAAUCUUUUGUAUUUUUAAUUAUUAUUAAAUGUAAAAAAAGUUUAAUUUCGAAGGUAGGGAUGGGUUUCACAUAAAAUUAUAAAUGCUAAUAACGAGUAAAAUCGUCGUUAACUCUGGUUAUUAACUACUCAUUAA